UGCAUGUACACGUGAACUAUACUUCCUUCGGGGUCAACUGGAACGUGUGAUUAUGCUGUGAUAUAUGACCAUCCGGUUUAAAUAGACAAAAAGUUGAAAACAACGCUACAUUCGAUGGUUUGAUGACAGAGCGGGGGCGAGUCAAGUCAUAUAUAAAGAGGACGCCAGCUCGAAAGUGAUAUAAAGUCAUCUUCAAGUGAAAGGGUUCCUAAAAGACUCCCUCGAUUGUCGCUGAUCAUUCAAAAUGAAAUCAUUCCUGCUCUGUACAAUAGUUUUUACUUCUCUUCUACCAAUAUCUUUUGCACAGGUAAGUUUAUUAGUUUCUUAUUUUAUUUUCUUGUAGGAGUAAAUUUCUUUUUAAUUUUUUUAUCUGAGUUGCUAUGAAAGAAAUUAAUUCUGCACCACAGUAUUGCUUUUAAACAGUCUAAAACUCUCUCUGAUUGAAAAUGUCUAAUUUUUUGGUUUUCUGAAGAGGCUAAGUCUCAUUUUCCCAUGAAUUUCCAUUUGAACGUUUUCCCUUUACAAUGUUUGAGUUUAUGACAAGUAACACCAACAACGAAAAACAUCUGUUUUCAUUUCUUUUAGACAAGAAUUAUUGAAACUUUAUUAUUUGCAAUUUUGAAUCGGAAAGAACUACAUUACCAGAAUAAUUUUAAAUCCGAAAAGAAGAUUUCUCGGUGAUGAUGAAAUGGAGAGGAAUUUUGUUAAUGUAAUAAAUUUAGCAAUGUCGGUUAACUCAUAUUAGUCGUGAACAGCGUGAGGCGGCUAUUAAUAAAAGCGAAUAUACUAUCAAGAUUAAAAACUUGCGUUUGGCUCCAAAGAAAACAUACUCUUAUACCGGAGUUGACUGCGUGGUUAUUUUAUGGCAAGUUGCGACACAGGGAUUCUCUUUUUUGGUAUUUUUGUAUUUGAGUAAUCUGCAGUCAUGUAAUAGUUUGUCAAUCGUCUUCUAUCGAGCUUUGCCUGCUUUCAGUGAAUUUGCAAAACUAUUAAAUUUGACCUAAUUUCUCAGAUCAAUUUUGAUAUAUGCCUGAGACAAGCGAGAAUAUUAAACGUCUACUCUCAAGGGUUUGCAGUCAUCCUACUUGCCAUUAUGCUAAAAUCUUCCCAAGGUCUUGAAUAUAGUUUCUAUUUUCGUCGCAGAGUGGUCGUGUAGAAAUAAAACAUCUUUUUAAGCCCACACGAAGCGCUGUCCUGCGUUGUGAUGUCGAGCGGAAACGCUGUUUAAUGCGCAACUGGUGGUGAGUCGUGGAUUGUUCAAAAUGGAUAUUUCUCUAUAGCAAAGGCGAUCCACCUAUUGGGAAAACUCUCUUAUCGCUAAACAUGAUAUAGUUGAGGUAUUUUCGUUUCGAAUUUCAAUUUGCCACACCUUUCUGACCUUCAAAUCUCUUUGUUAUUCUAAUGCCAGUAGAUGCUUAAGAUUCAUUUUUUUUAUGUAAUUGGCAAAAUUUAGUCAAUGUUGUCAAUGUAUAUCAAUUUCCUUUUUAACGAUCAGUUCCUGCGUCAACUAAAGAUCCAAUUCUCUUAAUUCAAAAUUCUUUAUUUGAGUACAACGAUAUGGAAAAUAUCAAAAUAUACGAAAGAUUGGGAAUGUAUUUUUGUGCAAGAAAGAUAUACAAGUGAAUACAUUUCAGGGGUGUUUUCAAGUCACAACUCGGCAAGCCAAAAUUAAUAACUCGGUCUUUCCAAAAUACUCUUGACAAAUCGAUAAUUUUUCAGUUGUUGAUUAAUGAAUUUCUUUUUUAAGAAGACAUUACUCGAGCACAGUUUUGCUUUUAUAACAUAAGAAUUGCUAUGAUCAAUCAUUCGACUUGAAAAUACAUGACCCCCGGUAAUACUAUAUCCAAAUAUUGGGUACCUUUUAAAUGUUUGAAAGACGAGACAAUAUUUUUGUGUAUGUUUUAUUUUUAAAUAAUCUUUACCUCAUUAUAGUUAUCAAGGUUAUUUUUACUCAGGAAUGUCUAAAACAGAUUUCAGCGUGCAUGACAGUUCGCUUUGAUUGUACCAUGAUAGAUUGAUUCCACCAUAGAUUAAUUAGUGUUAAGUAUCUGUGGUAAAAAUACCUAACUAUGUUGUUUUGUCACAACCAGUUUUUCUCAUGUUGAGCGUAGUAUUUCAAUACUUUCCUGUCACGACCACGCAGUUCUAGAAGAUAACAGGAAGACUGAUAGAAAUUAUGGCAUGCCACGCCGAGACUGGAAAUUUUUGUGGGGCAUGUUGCUUAUAAGAAGGUUGGCUCUGACCACUGAAUGAUUAUUUUGAUUUGUUAAAAGUGUAUGCGAGUAUCAACAUCUUGUAGAACUGGUUUUAGCGUGGUGCAUUGAAAGCAAUACUGAACGAAGAAAUACAAACAGUAGCAAUAAAUUUGAGGCAAACAUUUGUUUUUAGCUCCUGGCUUGUGUUUCUAAACUUUCUUUCUCAUGAACAAACUGAUCUUGGUUUUUGAACAGAAAAAUUAUUUUCCGAAAUAUCUCUAGCUUUACAUACAGACUUUCUUAUUACUAAUAAAGGUUACUCAUUUCUACUUCUGUCAAACUGAAUUGGCCGAUGAAAAUGUAGCAUUUCUCUUUAUAGUCAACAUGUACUCUCUAAUAUUUCCCCAAUCAAAUUUAUUUGAGGGAGCGACCCAUUCAAGAUUCUACAAAAUUUCUUUCGAAAUGGGAGAAUAUUGUUUUCCUUCAACACAAAACAGGCAAACAUCGAAUAUUAGGUAAGAUAGGCACAGAUACUUUGUCGAAGGUCAAUUAAACCUUUACAUGAAGUCGGGGAGCACGUUCUAUAAAAGACAAAAACCUCGUUGAAGACAGACCAAACUUAGCAAUAUCGUCUUGUUGAACAUGUGGGUUGAUUAGAUCGAGAUGUUAAAUGUUUGGCAAUAGUGCAAGAUAAAGGAGAAAUUUAAGGCUUAAGGUUUAAUGGAACCUCCCACCUUCCGUUUACACUGUCUGAUGUCUUAACACACAAAAGCCUCGCAGAUCUAUUUAGUGAUUAAGGUCUUAAAUUUGGUUCAAAUGUGAAAAGCAUUUUUGUUACCGUGGGAAUCAGCAAUGGAGGAACUGUCCUUGGCGUAAAUAGAAUGAAACAGAUGGUCAAUUUUGGGGUCAGUGUUUGAAUAAAGAGAAACCCGCUAAUCGUAUAUUUACAGGAAAUUAUACGAGUUUACCGGCAAACAUCGAACAAAAGGAUAAAAUUGAGAAUGCAUCUUUUUAAAUUUUCGCACGAUAACAAUUCUCAAAGCAAUAUACUCAAAAAAGAAACAAUAACGAGAAACCAAAGAAAUAUUGAAUUGAGAAGCGGACUAUUAAGAAAGAUUGAACUGACAUACUUCGUAGCCAUGGAAACCGACUCUGUAACACAAUCUCUAGCACUAUGUUAAAUGUAGCAAAACUAAUAACUGAUCUGAUGUACCAGAUAAGCUAUGACGUUGUACAAAAGCGUCAAAAAUUAUAACAGGAUCCACAAAUAUUCGCUUAUCUCAGUUGACUUCUCUGGGCCAAUUAUUUCUUCAAAUUGAUUUGCAGCUGCUCUAUUCCUCCUCAUCUAAAAACACAUAAUCAAAUUAAAUUUGCAAGAAAAUUUGGAAUUGCUUCCUUUACAGAAACGUGACAAAAUUCAGUGAAGUUAGGUUUCACUUCGAAACGCGAUAACACAACAUCACGGAAGUUAGGUUUUAGCGUGAUAUGUUCGUGUCUUGUGAUUAAAAAAAUUGCGAAAUGUUAUUUUCGUUCUAUAGUUUUAGAGCAAUUUUCAAAUUAGCGUUGUAAAGGAUCUGUGGUUUAGAUUUACCUCCCUCUGUCAUUAGUCCAUAAAACUUGCGUCACCAUAUCUAAAGAUUAGAUAAAAGACUACACCAUUUGUAACUUGGCCGCAUUUGCUGGCGCGCAGGGCGAAGACUUCGCCCGAAGUAUAUCAAGCAGAGUGUGGCGUUUGACAUAAGAAAUAAUUUGUCAAUUGUUUCUCCUGUUCAUCACCAUAAGCGAUUAGCCACAGUGAUUGCUCUCCGCGGUUUCUUUCAUGAGGAGAGAAUUUCAACGAACGCGUCACGUGAUUGCAUGUUUUGACGUAAUGCAACAGGGUCGAGUCGCUCUACAAACGUGAUCUGAAUUUUAUUGAAAAUAGUAUAUUAAGGCACAUUUGCUUCCUGUACUUCAAGUAAUAUGCUUGCAUGUUUCUUUGAGCUCCCAUUGCCUCUUUGAGGUAUUUUUCUUUAUUCUGAUCGGUCCAUGAUGUUAUUAUGUUUUGGGUUUUACCACAUUGAGUGGAAAAGAGAUCACCCUCGAGAUUUGAUUCAGUUCCGAUGAUUCAGUUCGGAUGAGUGAUGCUAAGCGAGUUUGCUUAAAAAUUGUGAGUCUUUAAGUCGAGACAAAAAGCAAGGUCCUACCAGUCCCGUGGAACUCGAACAGUGCAUUUAGAAAUCUCUCUUUGAAAGAGAGCUAGGCUGCUAACAUCUUAAGCUUUGCAAGCAGGACCUUCAGGGUGAUACUCAACGAAUUGUCUUGAAAAUAUCGAAAGGUAUCAAAUAAAUAACUUGGCCGAAACGACAAGGCACAUCACGCAGCCCUGAAUAAACAUUUUUUUUGUAUUGUGUCUCUUUUCUUUUUAUCUUAGAAAUUGUUUGUCAAAUGUUCCAACCAUAGUGAUUGUAGUCCUAAACAGUGCUGCGCUGGAUUAUCGUCCACAAUGAAGGGAACUUGUCUCCAUCAACCACAGCUAAAAGAACCGUGCAAUCCAUAUCUGAAGGUUGGUGUGGAUAAUAAAUGAUAUAUAAUGGCCGGCUUUCAGUCAUUAGUCAACGCCCGCAAGGGUGGAAGGGAAGGUAAGGGGGAAGGAAAACAGGGGAUGGCGGGAAAAUCAUUCGUCGCGAACGGAGUACAUCCAUAAAGGGGCAAAUAUAGAAAAUUGACUGCCAAUUAACUGCCAAUGAGUGGGGAUCUUAAAAAUAAUACAGCUCCUUCCGAGAGGAUUAGGUAAAUUUUAUCCUGACGCAAAAUCCCCCACCCCUCCCCCCAGGGGAUAAAAAGUGCCGUGUCCCUGACUUAAGAUGCCAUAAGAGGUAACUCAAUUUCAAAACUAAAAGGCGGACCUCCCAUCAAAAGAUGCUCUUAAUUAAUUGCUCACAAACAGAAUUCUUGAUGUUAUCAUCUGAUAUCCUGUUAGCCUGUGAGCUAACUCUCAUCGGUACUUUGGCAAGAGUGGCACGCACACUCAAGCGCGCGCACUAAAGGCGCCGAGCGAAGUGGCCGUGCGAGACGUGCUAAAGGACUUACUAGUCCCACAGGCGACAGAAGCAGGACAAAUAUAAAGAUCAUUGAAGUGUGAAUGUCUUCCUGUUAAACAAAAAAAAACAGUUAGAUUACGACCUCGGGCUAAUAUUUUCCGACACGUUCCUCUCACUCGGUUAGUAAGAAGUUAUUUUUAUUGUAAGAGGCUUUUUCAUAUAGGAAUCAUUCACAUUCACAUUCUUUUCCUUCUUAUCACGAUUUAGCCCGGUUCGUUGACGGAGUGUCCUUGUCGACUUGGCAUGGUUUGUCUCCCGCGAAAAGACGGUUACUCCCGAUGCCAGCACAUCUCACCUAACCCAGACGAGAUCGAUGAAAGCAGAAUACAGCCUUGAGACGUGUUCACUAGGAAGCAAAAAUAGAUCAACAAUAAAAUUAAUUAUAUGUAAAUGCAGUAAUUGUGAUGG